CUCUGCCUGUCAGACGUCAGCAACUGUCAGCAUGGUAGAAUUUAAAUAAACACACUUUUUUUUAAUAAAUAAUACAUAAUGUUGAUUUAUUAACAAAGCAAAUUAUCAAUAAGGACAACUUUUGCCUGAUGUUACAAAAAGCAAAAAUAACUAGUAUGGGAUUAUGUGUGUAACUAACAUAAUUGUUUUACUAAUAUUGUAAGACUAUGACCAAACUAUAGAAUUAAUGUUUGAACUAAAAUACCUCACCACAAAUCAAAAAUGAGUCUACACAUUCCUGUCACCAGCAAAUCGGCAACAGCAAUGGCAAUUCAGUAUUUGAAGAAUGGAUAUGUGAUAGCUGUCCCAACAGAUACUGUGUAUGGCAUAGCAUGUGACGCCACAAAUAAAUCGGCUAUAGGUAAUAUGUAUGACAUCAAAUGCAGAAAUGAAAACAAACCACUAGCAUUAUGCUUAAGCCAAGUCAGCGAUGUUAAAAAAAUUGGAUAUGUCAGCCACCUUCCACAAAAACUCCUGGAUUCCUUACUCCCUGGACCUAUAACGAUAAUACUACCAUGUGUAGAUAAAACGUUGGACCAUUCACUUAGCAUCGAAGGAAAAGUCGGGGUAAGAAUACCUGAUUGUAGUUUCAUAAGAAGUUUAUCCUCAGGACUAGGGAAGCCAUUGGCGUUAACAAGUGCCAAUUUAAGCAACGAAAAGAAUGCUAUAGAAAUCGAUGACUUCAAAAACAUCUGGCAAAAGCUACCAGUUAUUUUUGACGGUGGUAAGUUAAAGGAAGAUAAUAAUGCGUCCACUGUGGUAGAUUUAUCAGAACCUGGCAUUUUUAAUAUAGUCAGGAAAGGUGUUUCCUGUGAAAGUAUAGUGGAUGUGUUAACUCGGUUUAGUUUAAAAAAUAAACACAAUGAAUGUGAUAUUAAACAAGUGUAAAUUAUUGUAUUAGGAAUUAAUUUUUCAAUAAAAAGUCCUUAAAAAUA